UCUUUCCGGCGCUGAGUCAUUGUAUACGGCUUUUGUACCUUUUACCUUGACAAGACUUUAGUUCAUCUGAUAUUACUCACUAAUAUCAAAUGUUACCAGUUCCUGGAAUAUCUUUUCAACGUGAGUGUAUAUAUUUAGGACACCAGACACAGUGAUUUCGUCCAAGAUUCGCCGUCACUGAGACACCAUGGCUUCUCUGUUUCAACUGAUGCUUGGCACCAUGUUCCUCGUCUGUGUCAUGCCUUACAUUGGCAGCACCAAGAACACUGAUUCCGUGCAGCAGGAAAAGAUUCAACCUGUGCAGCUUAAAGAAUUUAAUCCACGCUCCCGUAGAUUUUUAGAUGAUAUUUUUGACAGUAUUGCUCAGAAGUUUCUAAAUGAAUUAAGCACGCUAUUAGAACAGUUAACCGGCGAACGUAAAGAGGCUUUUGUGAGGAAAAUGUAUUUUGCCGUGAAGGAUUAUGCGAAUGAAGGAAAAGAAGUGUUUAUCAAGAACCUCAAAAUUGCAAUAGAAGAAUUACCCGGAGUAGUAGCCAAGAUUUUGGAUACCCUUGUUCCAGCAUUUGUAAACCUCGUGUGGUCUGAUGACGGCAGCAAACCUGGAUUCCUGAAGCUGCGCCAGAUGAUAUACCAAGAAGCAGAUAAAAUGGGAAUAAGUGGUGCAAGUCAUCAAGUUCCAGGUAUUAUGACGUCACUUGUACUGCUUCUGAUAACGCAGAUCUGGCGAAUGUUCGCUAAUUAAUCAGUCCACAAGACUGUCGUGCAUGGCAACUAGACACUCUGCCGUACACGUAUUUUCCCUGACACAAAAGACCAACAUAUAAACUCACUCCAGAAUACCGUGUCGGGGUUUUGAACAAUUCAGAUGUGGCGGGAUGGGGGUUGGUAGCCUCUAAAAGUGGUGGCGAAUGCUGAAUCAGGCCCCGUGUUUAUAAACCUUAAAGUCUAGACUUUAAUAAAGUCCAGACUUUAACGUCAUGGCAAUGCCAUUCAAAUGGCAUUACGUUAAAAUCUGGACUUUAAGUGUUGUAGCACGGGCCCAGAUGAUAGUUGACUUUAAACACAAUGUGUGAUAUGGUUUCUAGUAUUGUAUAACUGUUAUUGUGAACACCCUUCAUUAACUACAUUAAAGGCAUAUUGUCACAGACCACUGACCUAUUUAAUGGUCUGACAAAGUAUUACCUGAACAAAAAUAAUUUGAUUUGUCCCUAAAUGUACUUUAUUCAACCAUCUUCAUAACCAUCAUACU